GGCGCGUGCGCCCCUCUAUGUUGCCGCGCAGUUUCUGCUUUUAGGUUAGGUAGAACUCUGCUUCGACGUUAGAAGCAUUUUUCUACGAUUUCGAAUUUGAGAACAUCUUGAAUCGGACCGACAAUGAUUUUCAAUCGUUGAAAUUAGUCUCUGGCUGAAAUCAUCUUUUUUCUUUUUUUAUACUUUAUCACAUGCGACGUGCACGUGUCAGCCGCGUGAUUCCAUUCAUAACCUAAUGACGUCUAUAAAAACAUUGCCUCUGUCAGGGGGCACGAAACUGAUCAUCCUUGACGAAGAGGCGACAGCGAUGCACGCAAGAAAGUUGAUCGCAGGAUGGAUACAGACACUAAGAGAAAGAGAUGCCAGCCGUGUGUUCAGUCUGUUACUGUUCUCCGACUCAAAGUCUUCGUACCAAAACGAACCCAAACCUUUUGCCUUGAGUAAUGUAAAUAUCUUUGAUUACUACACGAUCAACGUUGAUAACAAGUUUGACAUGACUGCUAUAGGCGAGAAGGAUCUUCUCAAUCUGAAACAUAUCCUUCAAACGAUAAACGCAAAGCACACAGUGAUCGUCGAUUGUUUAACGUCCUUGAAUUCGCUUGUAGGCUUGUCAAAGACAAUAUGGUUCUUAGAGAGGUUGAGCAAACAGGUGCCACAAGUGAUUUGCAUUUACAAACGAGAUUUUAUAUAUAGUAAAAUACCAGGCAUCGAAACGUUGGGAAGUACGUAUGUAAAGAUACAGAAGUCACCUGCUACGACAAGCAAGGACUUUAACUACAUUGUGGAGCUUUUGCAUCGCAAAGUGGGUGGAGGAGUCUUGAGACAACAGGAAAUUGUAAACCAGAAUAACGUAUCUUGUGAAAUCGAGUCGAGGAAACUCGAGCAGAGUAGAAAGUUUGAUUCUGCAUACGAGGACUCCAAGUCAAAAAUCGAGUCUUCGUUCAGGAUAGAAAUAAAUGAAAAUGAAAUGAAACAGAGACAAGAACUGACAUUACCAUAUAUGAUUAAUACAAAUGCAGUGAACACAUCUAAGAUCCAUUAUCAUCCAGAGGAUAUAGAUGACUUUGAUGAAGAAGAUCCGGACGAUGACUUAUGUUUUUAAAUUGUAUAUACUUUAAAUAUUAUGAUAUAUCGCAACAGAGAAGAAAAUGUUGAUGUUCCAAGCGAAGAUAUUUAUUUUAUAUUUAUUUUACAUUUUGUUGCAGUAAAUAUUGUAUAUUUUAUUCGCAUAAUGAAAUCUCUUACUAGUGUAGGACAUUUUGUUUUAAAUUAUCAACAAUAAAAAUUAUUAACAAUAACUUUAUAAAAAA